GGCGCGGCGCGGGCUCGCGCCUCUCCUCCCACUCCCCCGCACACAAAGACGCGGCUCGGCGAAGGGAGCAGGCGCCCGCAGUGGGCGCGGGGGCGCACUGGGAGCCGGCCCCCGGGACGCCGCCGCCACCGCGGCAGGGACGCGGGCCCACAGCCCCCAGCUCCCCGCAGCUGCAUAGCCCGGCCCUCAGCCCGAGCGAUCGGCCAGGGACGUGGGGAUGCGGGGGAAAGAGGAGGGGGAACUGGGUGCCCCGGACAGAGCCUCUUAUAGCCCAGCCCCGCGGCAUCAUGGGGCUUGUAGUCCGCCUCGUGGAGCUGGCGAUGGCAGGUGGUCGGAGAGGGGCCAGCACUCGCUCCCUGCUCGCCUGAAAUGGGGAAGAGGGAACCAGAUCUGGCCGAAACGGAGGCAGUGUCCGGACGCCAGUUUAGCAGCCCUUCUCCCUGGAGCGGCGACAUCUCCACAGAGAAGUCCAGACGUCCUUUUAUUCCCACCUCCACGUCCAGAAAUUCGGCCGUGGAGAGGACGAGGGCUUCGGGAACAAAGUUUGGGGAGUGGGAUCCGUGCCUGGGUCAUUUCCGGUUACUCCCCAGGCCAACCUGGAGAUGGGGUUGGAAUACGGGUGAAUCAUCCUCCUGCAAAGCCCCGGAGCACAAGGCGGCAGCCGGAGGUGGGGGUAGGGGAAGAGGGGCUCAGCCUGGAGGGGCAGCCUACCCCGGCGGCAGGAGACACCAGGCCAACAUCGCCUUCCCUCCGGCCUGAGCGCUCCGGCUGCCACGUGCUGGAGACGCGCCCACACAGCAGAGAAACAAAGACAGCCAAACGGCCAGGCUGCCAGGAGCCGCCUCGACAUUUAAUAAAUGAAAUUCCAUAGCUGGGGGUCGAUCGCGGGUGAACGCACGGGCACCGUUUGUAGGCUGCUCGCAGGGUCCGGGCGGUCGCGCAGUUCCUGUUGCCACCAAACCCGUGGACUCAGCCGGCGCAGCCCGGGGCCGC